CUCCAAUUCUAGUCGAUAUUGCUGCGCCUUUAACUCAACCACAGGGAUUGUCAACACCCGCUGACACCGACUGGUACCAUAUCUUCUCGAGUAUGCUCAUGUGUCCGUGGCUGGAUUGCCGGUAGUUAUACUUGCCUGUAAUUGGGACAGUCGAGCCUCUAAGGCAGCUCAUCGGACUGUGGUCGGUAUGGUUGUUUACUCCUUCUAUAUAUUUGACCGCCAUGCGGAGUGUAUCUACAAGAGAAACUGGAUGCCAGCAUACAUGUCUUCCACGGGCAAGUCAUCGAGACCAUCGUCACAGGCCUACGUCAACGGUAGCACCCAGGGACGUGCUGGUUUGAGUGCAGACGACGAUGCCAAACUGAUCUUUGGCACUGUCUUUUCAUUGCGGAACAUGGUUCGAAAGCUGGGUGGUGAGGACGACAGCUUCCUCUCCUACCGAACAUCCCAAUACAAGCUCCAUUACUACGAGACACCAACGAACACCAAAUUCGUUAUGCUUACCGACACCAAGUCUGGUUCCAUGCGCAUAGCCUUACAACAAAUAUACGUGAAUUGCUAUGUUGAAUAUGUGGUGAAGAACCCCUUGUCGCCCGUCGAGCACCCUGGGGGCAUAGGCGUAGACAAUGAGCUUUUCGAAGCAAGUCUGGAACAAUUUGUGGAUCGGGUAUUGAACGCCUCGUGAAUGCAUGCAAUUUGAUCAGACACAGAUGUGCAUCGUGAACGAAACCAUUGCUGGAAUUACCUGGAAGAUUCCCGUCUGUUCAGGGAUGACACGUCUCGCAUUGAACUCUAGGCCACGGCCACUACUUGUCCACUCGUAUCCGAACGGUUGCGACAAGCGGUGGUCAUGCAUUAGGGAGAUUUGAGAGGGGAAGGACAAGCUUAAUAAAAGCAUGGUCAUCCCUGGAUGCUGGUUUGCUAACUGAGACCUCACACAUGGACUCGUCGUCGAAGCGCGGACAUCUUGAUCACGAUGAGGUCAAAAUGAUCCAAUUGACAGACGAUCCCAUCCAGGAAGACACGACGGCGAUGGCCUCAGCCACUGCAAUUGGUUCUCGAAGACUACGAGAAGUGCAGGGGCGCGGCAAAGCGAGACAUGGCCUGGGAGUACCAUGACAAACAGCGUGUCCAGAUGCAGCCCCGGAUCUAGAACGGACAGAGACGCGGAACCGGAUUUCCAGGAUCAUCAAGGAUAUGAUCCGUCUGGUAAAAACCAAUAUAAAGACAGAAAUGAAUCUCUGGUGUCUGAUUGGACAAUGAGCCAUCGACGCCGUCUCAACCUAGAGGAGGCUCUACAUAAUGGUUCUGGCGAAUUAGAAAUUCGGGCCGCAAAAUUCCCAGAAUCUGCAGCCAGUGAUGACCUGAGGUCAAUGAAUAAAAUCACGCUGUCACGUACUGUACCGCUCGGCGACCGUUUCUCAUUUGUUAACGAUUAUAAUGGCUGGAAUUUGGAUGGAAUUUGGCUUGAAGUUUGACGCCCGUGCUGAAAUCCCGAUUGAAGGCGGCAAAGCGGAAAAGUUGUUGAGAUGAAAAUACAUUACCUGAAGUUGGUCCGCUAUUGGACGCGUUUACAAAAGAAACGCCUAGAGUCGUCGAGGACUGGAAGGUCAUACUGUACAUCAUCCCGAUCACCUAAUUGCAGGCUGUAGAAGGUUUCGCCCCAGGGAGGAUCUUCAAGAUCAUAGUGUACUUCGGAUACUCCGUACGAGUCGGGGCCAAAAGCUUGCGCUUCCCAC